AUGAGCUCCGUUUCUCGCAACCGAACAUCCCAGAGUGAUCGGUUACUUGAGUCUCAACAUGCAGAUCAGAGCUUGACCACAAUGGAUACCCAGACAAAAGUUACCAAUUCCCCGAUGGCCUCUGGAAAUCCAACUCCGGCCCCAUGCGCCCAGUGUACCAAUGCCCAAGCACCUAAUGCCAGUAUACAACUGACCCAUCUCGCUCAACCGGGUCACGUGUUCCUAAGUGCAACUAGACCAACUCACGCUCUAGUACAUGGUCCUGCCUUAUCCACUGUGUUAGAAGCCUAUCCUCACAAACAUGGAACUUUAGUACCUCACCCCGGACNCACAUCCAGUUUGCGCACGGUGCAAACUCUACCCCGUUCCGUCGAACAAUCUGGCAAUCCCAAAUAUCGACCGAUCAUAGUGACCGGGAAUCCGGCUGCGUUCGGACGUAUCGCAUCUAUGCACGAAGCCGGUACGGUACAAAUGGUCGCACAGACCACACACGCUGGAACAACUACAGCACAAACGCAGCAACCACAUUCACAACAAUCCUCUACAAGUUUGAAAACCGGUUCUACACAGUCUCCUGGAAAUGUGGUUGUAGCUGGACUUGUCACUCCGGACGGUUCAUCCGUUGGUGCAUCAAGCGCAGCACGGAUAGCUCAAUUACUAACACCAAGUGGUCUUACUCCGGGACUGGCAAACGCCCCCGUCAUGCUUUACUAUCCACAAACUGUAAUUCCAGGUGGUAAAACCAGUCUAUCUAUGGGAGAAGAAACCACUUCCGGUUCACAGUCUCCGUCGCAACAGCAGCAGCAACAACAACAACAACCAACUGUCUAUUAUGCUGUGGCCACAAGUGACUUGCUCCGACAACUCCAAGCCUCCCACUCUGGCUCUCAUGACGCUCAUAUUCGGCCUCAACUGAUUCAGACACCUUCGGGACUGGUGCUGGUUCAGCAACCGCAGCCGCAACAAAUGCAAACCCAACCCUCUGCACAAACAGCACAAUCACAGCAGCAACAACAACACCUAGCUCAAUCUCCCCUAUCCCAACAACAACAACAAUCUCUCUCUCAGAGUGCGAUGACCAAUAGUCUUAAGAUUUCAGUCAACCAGGUUGUUUGUACUCUACCCUCCGGUGCAGGUGAAUCAGCCACACUUCCCAGACAGUCUCGAAGUGAGGCGAUCCCACAACAAACUGGUUUGAUUUGCACUUGCCCACCUGAAGUGCAUCAAGCGCUUUUCGAGCAACAACGAAGACAAAAACAGCAACAGCAGCAGCAGCAGCAGCAGCAAAUAGCACGAACGGCAUCACAGGAUCGCAAACAGACAUCACAGCAGCAACAGCAACAACAACAGACACCAUGGUGCAGUAAAACGGGAAAUAAUAUGAUGGACACUUCUUCAGAUCACCGAACAACGAAUAAAUGUCAACAGAAACAGCUGGAAAAUGGAUGUGUGUCCCGAUCUUGCCCGGAUGGAACAGUCAGCGGAGUACAAACAAUCCCAGUCCUCAGUCCAUGCUGUGCGGCUGGACAGAUUGAGCAAAGACGUCUUCAGGAUAGCGCAGAUCUGUCCAACGAGGAACGGGCUGAGAAAGAAGCUCACGUAAACUAUCUGGUCACUUUGUUCCAAGCCCUUCGUGCAUCCGGAGUUCAACCAGACUCUUUUCUGGUCGCACUGCAAAGAACUGACCUGCCCAUUCCAAAUGCUGAUCGGGCCAAUUUGGAUCGAAUGUUGGUCGAGUUGAACGAAUCCAAAGCCAGUCUGAUGGAACAAUUGCACGAUCUGGAAUGCGUGAUCGAACAGACGGGUAACGAUGUGCUGCAACAUCGAUGUCGGAUUACUGUGCCGUAUGUACAGACGCUAGAUAGUCGACUGGAUUCAAUUAAUCGGGCUGUCAGCUCCACAUGUGCUUUGUAUCCGGACUUGAGACAACGGAUAGCCAAUCAAGAGGAAGCGGAACUACGAGCAAUCGAUGUGGAAAAGAGGUUACUGGACGAACAUCUGCAUCAGUUGGAAGAUAUUGGAGAAAAGUGCAAACGGAUCAAGGGCACAAUCAUGACGCUAAGACGUCUUGCGAUUGUCAAUGUUCAAAAUCGACAGCAAGCUAGCUCCCCACGCCGAUUCGCUCAUCUUGGUGGUGUGCUGAACCGAGCCGCAGCCGAUCCGCAAAGUUUGGAGCGUACUCGGCUCUACAUGUCUGUCAAGGCCAUCCAGCCGGACUCGGAGAAGCGAAUGCAAGCGAUUCAGGUAAGCUCGUGUGUCAUUCACCAUAAGCACAGAAAUUGUUGUUUCAUAAACACUUAUCUUUAG